CUUUUUUACACCUAUUUACUACUCAUUGGAAGACCCGUUAUAUCUCUCGUCCUUCAUGUCAGACUACCGUGUGAUCCAAGACUCUGACGAUGAAGAGGAUCCUCUGUCAGAGGAGGUUACUGCGCCCAUGGUGAACGCGCCGCAGGACGCGCCAGGUCACCAGGCCGAUAAUGUCGGCGCCCCCCCCAACGAAACACACGUCGCAGGAUCCAAUCAGACAGGCCCGUUGGCAGUUGAUUUCGAUCAAUUCCUCCAGUCUCAGGAAACAGGACCGGCAAGGCUAUCUGCCUCUCAGCAGCAGAGGGAAGCCAGAUGGAUACCCGGGAAUGCGGGGUGCGGUAGAAACGGUUCAACCAUUAUGGAGAUUGGCCUUGCGCAGCAGCGACUAUUCGAAGACGAAGACGCUCAGCACACCCACCAUCCCUCACCACCUGCGACUGGCUGUUCCGAAUCCUUCCAAUCCGGCCCAGACCCAACAGAUGAACUGCAACUCGUUCCAGAUAUGCAUGCACCAGAAAGGGCUAUCGAUACUGGAGCGGUCGACCCGAAUAGUGGCUCGAACGAUACGGAAAUCCAUGCCGCGCCCGAAUACCCACCGACUGUGCCCUACAGCUCCGUACCCCAAUAUGCGAUCGGACCUGGAAAUGGCUAUUUAAACGAUGGAACACACGCAUACCAUGCCCCGGCACAAAAUCUGCCACAGUACAGCAGCAUCACAUCCGACGGUUCCUCCCGAUCGGCUCCGUCAUACAACCUGUUCGAAUCGUCCUUGCGGCCGUCUGAUACUUACAACGAAGGCAAUUUCGCAAUGAAUACCGAGGUGACAGGACCGACAGAAGCCCAACAGCAAAGUCUACGAAGACACAAUUCUAUGCAAGCACCGUUUUGGUCACCUCAUGAUACGGAGCCGUUUUCCUCCGUCGCGUCGCCGCAGGCUAGCAGGGUGAAAAGUGACGGGGCUGCCACGAUCGGUUUGCAGCAGUCUCAGCACAGUGCCGAUGAGCUUUCUGCGCCCGUUUCAGUGGAAGUGCAGAUACCUGAAAAGAAGCGGGGACGUAAGAAGAAGCAACCUGUUUUAGAGGAUGACGAGGAUGACGAGCUUGCUCAGCCCAUUGUCCGUGAGCCUAUCGAGCAGGUCGACAAGCCUGAGAAACGGAAGCCGGGAAGACCGCCAAAGAAUGCCAAGGGAGUCCUUGAUGAAAAGGCUACGAAUGGGACAGGUGAUACAACCACCACUGGACCCGUGAACAGUGACUCGCCAUCGUCGGAUAAUGUGGCCAAGAAUUCCACCCACGCCGGGGAUAAGGUAGCUCUAGGAGAGGCAUCGGAGAAAGAGAACGAGCCACAUCCCGCACGGACGGUCCAGCUCGUUGAACCAACCGAGGCCGCCGUGAAAGGGAAUCGAAAGAAGAAGAUGAAACGAGGAAAGACCACUUCCGUCACCGUCAAGAAAACAUACGACUCCGACGUGGAAGACGAUGUGAUAUGGGUGGACGAGCGCCCUAUAACUACAAGUCAUGCGGACCCGCAACCCAACACGGGCACCGGCAAUGCUGAAACAAAGCCGGCACAGUUUGAGAUCGUCCCGCCGCCACCGAAGAAACGUGGGCGCAAGAGAAAGGGGACGACGGAACAGGUUCCUCCUGACGAAGUAGCGAAAGAACGGAGAGACGUUGUUGAUCCUGGACUGGACGGAAACCGAGGCCAACAGAACGAUACUGAUAGUCCGGUAGUUGAGCCCCUUGUCCCCAAAGAUGCGGUCGUGAGUGACAGCCACCAGACAAGCGUAGAGCCCUCUACCGUUGACCCUUCGGACCCCCUACCAGACCCAACAAAAGAAAAGAAAGAGAAUGAGGAUGCCCCCGCGACACCCCGGAAAGCAGGUAAGGUACCAGAAACACCCGCCAAAGGACCGACCAAGCAUAGUCCGAUCUCCUCGACCUCGCGGGUUCCGUACCGCGUCGGACUGAGUCGGCGGGCUCGGAUUGCGCCCUUGUUGAAGGUUGUCAAGCGAUAGGGGGACCUAGUUCGUGCUCUUCCUUGUGUCUUUUAUGUAUUUGAUGCCCAACUACCCUCGCGCAACCUCAUUUUGAGGCCAUGUAC